AUGGCGCCCGGUUCGCUCACCAAGGCCUCGCUCCGUGGGCAGAUUGGGGUUGGGCACGGGGAGAGCGUGCGAGGCGACGGCGGGGAGGGAGGAAUCCACGCCAAGCUUCGGCAGCUACUUGUAGCAGCGCACCACGUCCACAAACCGACACUUGCCCUCGCCUUUGGCCUAAUUGCUCUCGGCCUCGUCGCAUAUUUUCGGCAGCAACGCAUCUCUUGCACCUCGAUCUGGAUCCUACGGAGCCGUCGGCGUCGACAAUACUGGCCCUCGCGGAACCGCUCUCCCAGUAGAAAAGGGGGCGCGGCCGGCGCGGCCUGCCUCACCGCCUCAGCCUGUGAUACUUCGAGCGACCAGGCACUGGACAUGGCCAGGCAGGAGAAGAAGGAGCAGCAACAGCCAGGGUCGGAGAACCGGAACCCUCUCCGGCCCAGGCCCCGCACGCCCACGCCGCACACGGGGCCGUCUGCGACCGUCCACCUCGCCCAGGGCCGCUACACGGGGGUGCUCCUGCCGGCCAGCUUCGCCGUGCCGCGCGCCGUCGAGGCCUGGCGCGGCAUCCCCUUCGCGCAGACGACGGGCGGCCAGAACCGCUUCCGGCCUCCCGUCCCGUUGGCCGUGUCGGCGUCGUCGGCGGCGACCCCCUUGGACGCCAGCGCCUUCGGGCCCGUGUGCCCGGGCACGGCUUCGCGGAUCCCGGGGAUGGUCGACGGCGAGGACUGCCUCAACCUCAACGUGUACCGCCCGGCCGUGUCGUCGCCGUAUGGGCCGGGCGGCGGCGCCGCCUCCAAGAUGCCCGUGGUGGUCUACGUGCACGGCGGGGCGUUCAACGGCGGGCUGGGCACCGAGCGCGACAUGAGCAGCUUCGUGGGCUGGUCCAGCACGCCCAUCGUCGGCGUCAACUUCAACUACCGCGUCGGGGCGCUGGGGUUCCCGAGCUCGACCACGGCGGAGCGCGAGGGGGCGCUGAACCUCGGGCUGAGGGACCAGAGGCUGCUGUUCGAGUGGGUGAGGCAGAACAUUGGCCAGUUUGGGGGCGAUGAGGCCCGCGUCACGCUCAUGGGGAUGAGCGCGGGAGCGCAUUCGAUCGGAUACCAUCUACAAUCAUACACAUCAGAAGAUGCCCCCUUCCACCGCGCAAUAAUGGAGUCCGGGGGCGCCACCGCGCGCGCAACCCUGUCAUCAUCUCACCCGCGCACAGAGGGGCAGUUCAGGGAAUUCCUUGCCGCGGCAGGGAUCGAGCCCACCCACACGCCUGCGGAUCAGGUCUUCCCCAUACUACGCUCGCUGCCGCUGGAAACAAUCCUCUACGCCUCCAGCACCGUCUUCUCGCGGUACCAGGACCCGAUCCGGUGGCCCUUCCAGCCCGUCGUCGAGUCCCUCCCGUCGUCCGGUGGCGGCAACGAGGGACGCAGCAGCAACGGCGGCGUCAUCCCUGACCUCCCCAUCAACCACUUCCGCCGCGGCAGCCACCUGAGGAUCCCCGUGCUGGCGGGCUUCAAUACCAACGAGGGCACCGUCUUCGCCUCGCCGCGCGUCGACACCGGCGACGAGUUCCUCGGCAAGUUCGCCGCUAUGAUUCCUGGUCUCGGCGGGGCCGACCUCGCCGCGCUGGCGAGGCUGUACCCGGACCCCGUCACCGACCCCUCGGGCCCGUACGCGAGCGUGCCGCCCGGCUUCGGCCGCCAGUGGGCGCGCUACGAGGCCGCGUACUCGCAUUAUGCCUAUAUAUGUCCCGUCCUCCAGACUGGUCACUUCCACAGCGACCACGACGAGAGCGGCGGCGGCGGGGAUGAUUAUCCUGUUUGGAUCUACCACUUCGCGGCCCUCUCCCGACCCGACUUCGGCGGCAAGGCCAACCACGUCGACGAGGCCGCCCUGGUCGCCCACGACAUGGCCGCCAUCGGCGGCUUCCCGGGCCUGGUGAGGACUUCCGACGCCAUGCACGGGGCAUGGACGCGCUUCAUCGCCACCGGAGACCCGAACCCGGCGCACAUCGACGGGGAGGCGGGUCACUACUCCGCCUUGUCGUCGUCAGCCUCGACGCCCUUCUGGCCGCGCUUCAGCAGCCCCCUGGUGGGCGACACGGCCCUGGCGCCGGGACAGCUGCGGCGCAAGGGCCGGUCGGAGGGGGAGGAGUGCGGCCGCGUCAUGAUGUUCGGGCUGGGCAACGACGAGCGCAUGGGCGGUGCCGGGAGGUCGACGCCCGGUGUUCCCGCGACUGUGGUCAGGAUGACAGACGGUGAGGUCGAGAAGUGCCGGUUCUGGUGGGAGCGGGUUGAGCUGAGCGAGGGGACGGGCCGCAGGCUGGGGAGGGGCGCCGCGAGGUCUAAUCUGUGA